AUCCAAUCAGUGAAGACUUACCCCGGAAGGAAGCAACACCCCACCCACUGUGUGUUUUUGCUGUAAAAUGAAAUGAACUGAAACUUCUCUAAAAAUUGUAAAUGUAAGUUUCACUAUCAUCAAGCCGAUUUGUCACAUUGUUUCCUGUGUGUAUCAUUUUGUGGAAUUUCGUUGAAGAGUGUAAGAUGGGGUAUAUGCAGGUAGAGGAGCACACCUCCAACAUGUUACACCUGAAGAGAUCACCUGGCAUCCGCUCCUGGUCGCUGCUUGUAGUCCUUUUUCUGAUUACAGGUAUUGCGUCCAUUGGCCUGGCUGCUGCAUACUACACCUCAGACAGUAUCCUGUGGAAGCUGUUCUACGUGACGGGCUGUCUGUUCGUGGCCAUGCAGAACAUGGAGGAGUGGGAGGAGGCAGUGUUUGAUAAAACCAAGAAUGUGAUUGAGCUGAAGUCCUUCAGUCUGUACGCCCUGAUUCUCACCAUGUGGAGGAGAGGCCAGGAGAAAGUGGUGCUGGACAUGAGGCACCUGCGUGACGUGUGUGUUCAGGAGGAGAAGGUGCGCUACCUGGGGAAGGGCUACCUGCUGGUGCUGCGGCUGACAACAGGUUUCUCCUACCCCCUCACACAGAGCGCCACCAUGGGCGGACGCAGUGAUGUGGAGGCGGUGGCUUCGUUGCUCAAGCGCUUCCUGGGUCUGGAGGAGCUCCAGUGUCGUUGGGAGCAGGAGGAAGAGGAUGAGGAAGAGGAGGAAGAGGACCCAAGCACUGACUCAGAAGAAGAGGGGGACUAUGAACCCUCAGUGCAGUAGAGAUGAGGAGAGGAAGCCACUGUAGACAUGAAAUGCACACAAAUAUAUUUUACAGCAUUUCAUAGUAUUAUCCCUGAUACUGUAAAUUGCCUUAAAUACUCUCUAGAAUGGUAGUUUUCCACAAAAUAUUUAAACUAAAUCAUAGUUUGGUGUGUGGCCUGUUCUUAAAGACCAAUGAUCAUUACUGUAUAACUGCAUUACAGACUAAUACUUAUAAUUACAGUGCCUUUCUAUUUAAAUGUCAUCAGUAUUUGUGUGGAAAAACUCAUUCAAACAUGCCCACAGAAUAGGGAACACAUUUAGUGUGUUUGAGACCACUCAAGUGAGAAUCUUCUAUGCAUGACUCUACUCACUACAACCAUUCAUCUGAGUGCAUGUGACCGUAAACUAUAAUCAAGCAUGAAGGAUUUCCAGGGAUCAGUUAAGAAUGUAUGCCUGUUUUUAUGUGAAAGUUAAUACUUGCAUGUUCAUGUGUCUGUCAGCAUUCAUAGGUCUUAUUACUAGGGCCAGAGAGAAACUGGGAAGGCAAAACAUUUCAAAACCUCUUGAAAGGACUUCAUCUAACAUGGUUUAAUAUUCAUAGAGAAAGCUACAGAUUUAGUCUCGCCCUAUAUGAAAGAUCAGUCUCAGGUAACAUUCCUGUCCAUAGACUGUAUUGUGUUAGUAAUAAUGUGUAUAUUUGACAGGUGUGCUGUAUUACAUUGUAUCUGGACAGUUUUAACUACUGUGUCUGUUAAUGAGAGGAAGGUGAGUGUAGAUGUCUUGUGUUGCUUGGAAGAAAGAGGAUGAAUGAGAGAUUUGUACGUUUAAACAUUUUUUAAUGUGUCCAGUUGCUGCUGGAGGACUGCAGGUACUGAUUUACCUUCUUUUUUUUGUAUUUUCAUACAUUUAUUUGUGCAUUUUUUUGUAACAAAAGAACAAAAAGGGGAAUUCAAUUAAAGUAGCUUUUUGAUAA